AUGAGUCACCAGGACGAAGAAGAGGACUACAUGUCCGAGGCAUUCCUCAACAGCUUAGUCGCAGAAGAGCCAGCAAAGUCCAAAAGCAAUAUGUCGUACUCGGAGCGGCGGCGUCAAAAGGAGCGCGAACACCUUGCGAACCUACCCAAGCCAUUGCAUGUUCGGGAGAAGGAGGCUCGUGAACAGGGGCUGGAGAAGGAGAUUGGGGAGGAUAAUAAAGGAAUGGCUAUGCUUCUCAAAAUGGGGUUCAAAAAGGGAGGCACAUUAGGCGCGUCAAAGUCAGCCUCAGAGCCGACGACAGCUUCAACAUCAACUUCACCCUCAGGAUCGGCCCCUCCAAGCACCACCUCAUUAAUUGAUACUGACGGUGGCGCCUUACGAGCACCUCUCGCAAUCCAGAUCAAGCAAGGCCGUGGUGGUCUCGGCAUGGACACUUCACGGAAACGACAAGCUGAAGAGGCACUCCAGAGGCAGGAACAAGAAGUGCACCGAGUUUUUGACGAGGGGUUCCGUGGCCAGAAGCGGGAUCAGUUUGAGCUGGAGAAGCGGAAGCGUCAGUUGGGCGCAGCACGUGCGAUAUGUAUGCGCCUUGAUGCAAAGGAGGCUGAAAGCCGUUUGGAACAGGAAAGUGAUGAGCAUUGCGCGACGACAGCUACACGGACAGCAAAGGACGGACGGAGGUCUAAUAGGUUCUGGUGGAUUGAUGAUUCGAUGCCUGACGAGGUUUUGGGUACGAAGUUGAUGGGACCUGGGGCCGAGGUGUUGGUUGAUCUGGACCAGGAUCAGGAUAAGCAAACAGCGGAGGUCCGGGCGUUUGAUCACAGCGACGAUGAGGAUGGAGAUCUUGAGCGGAACAAGGCAAAACGCGUCCGACUCGACUCAUCAGUGUCCCAGGAGGUUGAUCAGACGGAUUUGCAGGACGAAGAGCCUCCCAAGUGGGGUGAGCGACCGCACUUUGCACAACUUGAGGUUCACGAGAAGCUGGAGGAGGUCGUGGCGUAUCUGCGGAGCGAACAUUCAUAUUGCUUCUGGUGCUCCGCACAAUACGAUGGACCAGAAGAUAUUUCAGAAAAUUGCCCAGGAAAAUCCGAAGAUGACCAUUAG